AUGUAUUUCAGGCUUCCUAGUAUUGACACAAAGUAUCAUCCUAAGCCAGCCUACCACGUCUGCAUGGACACACCCAUCAUUUAUAAUCACUCUAUACCUAACAAUGGGGCACAUAGACCUGUGUGGGCUGAAAGUGGAGAGUACCUGUACUGCCCGCCUCAGCGUUGGCUUCACAACCUCAAGCAUGGAGCAAUAGUAUUUCUCUAUCACCCUUGUGCCUCAGUGGAAGGUUACGGGAGGCUGGCAGCGUUUGCACACUCCUGUCUGUCUCACUAUAUUCUCACAGCUUACCCCUGGCUCAGUAAACACAGACCUUUUGCGCUGGUGUCCUGGGGUCGCACUCUAGAAACUUCCCAUGUGAACGCUUUGGAGAUUUGUGAAUGGCUGCUCUCCGUUUCCUCCAACAUCAGCUGGGCUAAUGCCAACCAAAGGCCAAAGUACAGUCUUUUUUUGACAAAGUCUGCGUCCACCAAAUCAGUAGGCACAGCACUGAGAGGCACAAAUCAAGAUCUGUCUCAACAGGACCGAAUUAAGUUGCUAAGACAGUGUUGUGAAGACACUCUCUCUGUGUAUGAGGAAGAAAGGAACAGAGGACGAACCAGGAGGGGAAGAGCUGUAACACAGAACGUAACACAGAAUGCAAACCAGACUGUGCGAAAUGAAAGCAAGCUAAAUGGAGCAGCUGCACUAAACAGAACAGAACCUGGUUUGGUCCAUAUUCAGAACAGUACACAUGAACCAUGGCUGAACAGGUCACUUGACACAAAACCAGCUACAUCGAUCACAGACAGCAGCCAAAAAUCAGACUCUCUCCACCUCACAACAGACACUAAAGAACCAAGAGAGAAUGAAAAGAAGGAAAAAACAGAAGCGUCUAAAAAAACAGAUAACCUUAAUGAGGAAAAAGGGAGAGAAGUGGAAAAACCUAGAGCAUCAGAAAACAUGAAACCACGCAGGAAAAACACAUCGAAGGGAAGUAAACACAGAAUUAAGACAGACACAGAGGAGCAGAAAAUCAGAGCUCAGUGCUCGGGACAGCAGCAGCAGCAUUGCGGUCUGCCGCACACCGCAUCUCCAAUAGGGGGUGCUGUUGUUAGAGAGAGGAUACCCACACCACGCACUGAUGAGGCCGUGUGGGCCGCUGCAGCUCUAGGCUUUCUCCUGGUGCUGCUGACCUUGUCUGUGCUGCACACACGACUUUAUCGCCACUGGCGCACACCACCUAGUCUCUACUGGCAGGACAUGAAUCAAGACUAUGAGAGCGUGGCAGAUAUAAUUCGCAGACGGCUCAAGUUGCCAAGCAGGAGGAAGAAGAGGAGCAGCAGCGCACUGAGGAGAAAGGAGUGCCCUCUGCUCCUCACUUCCAGCAACGAGGAGGACUCUGACUGACCGAGCAGAGAGGGGCCGUGUUUGGGCAACGGCACUUUUCCUCCUGACGCACUCGCCACUCACCUGCGCCCACUUCAACCACUGA